GCUCCUGAAAAGGACUCUCUGACUUCAGUGUUCUCCAGCCUAAUGUUCAGUUCAAUCUUUGCUUGUGAACCGUCCAGGAUGCACCCCGCCUUUUGCUAAGUCACAGCUGGGAUAGUCCACUAUCACAUUAUAGCACACGUCAUAAAUUGUAAAUGCAAUGAAUGAAACACUGUAUUAAAGUAAGGUUAUGGUCAGGCAACUCUAUCCUUGGACUUCGAGAGAGUCUCCAGAAAAUGAUCGUAAGACCAGUGCCACGUCCUCGAAAGUCACGAAGUCAAGGAUAUGCAUUCUCAUGUUUGCGUGUGUGACUGGAGAGAGAGAGAGAGAGAGGGAGAGGGAGGGAGAGAGAGAGAUGUAGGAGGUUGGUGGGCGCUGCAGUUUUCUUCAAAUUCAAAGUUUUUCACCUCCAUCUCUCUGCGCGUUCACUCACUGAGAAACACGCUGCCGAUGAAAAACAACGCGCUGCUCCACUGGUCUAACCACGGGGCGCGCUCCCACGCAGGAACAUUCCUCUUCUAUUCCUCCAGGCGCUCAUUAAGUGUUUUUUCUUUCUUUCAUUUUCUUUUUUCCCCCGCUUUCUGUUGCAACAUGAGCGCUGAAUGCAGCAGUUACUACAGCGCUGACGGGGUGUUCGUGGACUCGUUCUCCUGCCCUAAACCAGGGAAUGCUGCCGCUGCCAUCUACUGUUGUGGAUUUAACGAUAUUAAAUAUUGCUGUGAUGAUGCCAACAGUUUUUUCCCGUAUGAGUACGGGUACAUGUGGUGGCUCAGUAUCGGUGCUCUGGUCGGUCUGUCUAUAGCAGCGGUCGUCCUCCUUGCUUUCCUCAUCACUGUAUGUGUCCUCUGCUACCUCUUUAUCGUCACCAAACCCACUCGUCGUCUUGACAACGGCCUACCCCUAAGAGCACCAGGAGAUCCCAGUGAGGGGCCGAGUCAUGUGAGGGUGCCCUGCGCCGCUGCGCCACAAAGAUUCAAAAAUCCCUUCGUGAACAGGAAGGUGGAUUGUGACAAUCAGUCGCCAGACCCAGACCACCUUUUCCAGAGGUGUUUUACACCCACAGUCACUGGAGUGAAAGUGGAAAGUCCUUCAUAAAUGACUCUUUUUUAAAUAUAAGGACAGCAGCACUCUGUCAAUAAGGCAAAUCAAUGAGGAAACAGCCUUUUGGUACCAGUGGACAACUAUGAAUGAGAGGAAAGUAACUGAUACAGUGUGAGCGGUGGCUGAGAGGAGUAUAUACUGAGUAACACAACUUUAGACCAGUAUUAAGAAGCACGCGCUCAGAAGGCUGUGACGUCUCUUGCCUGUUGACAUUUUUCAUGCAUUAAAGUCGUCUUAUCCUCAUGGCCUCCUCAUGGGUGGAAAUUACUUAUCCUCCAUCUUUUUGGAAACGAAUGCAUAAAUUUGGCUUUCUGAAAGCCAAAGAUUCAUUAAGAACACAUGAAUCAUUGAGUCAUAUGCAGUUUACAGUGAGGACAUACAGUUUUAGGCACAUUUAUGUGCUGAAGAUGUUGCACUUGGGUAAGAGAAAGCCAAGCUAAUGUUUUAAGUCAGGAGGUACUCUGAUUUGAAUCUGCUACAUUUUACUCAGGGACUGAAGGAUUUGUGGGAGUGAAACGUUCCCACCUCAACACAGAACUGCACCAUCAAUUGACUUUUCAGAUCUUUAAAAUGGCUUAUGUUUACAUUCUCUGGACAAGCAACCUCAAGUAAAACCCUUUGUGAUGGCUGGAGGCGGGCUUGGAUUGUUGAGUAUCUCUUAUUCUGACACUGGAGUUUGUGGUUUAUAUUAUGUGUCCUGCUGGCAGUCCAGUGCAGGUUUCUUAUAACCACAGUCAUCAUGUUUCUCUAACAUAACCAACAAGGAUUCUGCUGAAGAGUCAAAUUCCUCUUAAUUAUCACAUCAGUUAACAUGAAGGAGCCUGAUUGUAGCGUAAUUCUCACAGAUUUUAGAGUUAAAAUCGCAUCGCUGUAUACCUGAAUCACUUUUAAAGGAUCCCAUUCUUAUUCAUUAUUAUUGUGAAGAAUGAACCAGUCAACUUAUGCUGUGCGCUGUACAGUUUCACAUAAACAAAACCUCUUUUAUUGCAUAAAAUCUGGGAGGCAGAAGAGGAUCUAACACAGGCAGUACUCUGAUUAAAAAAGCUGAACCUGAAUGCAAUAGCAAGGCGCUACAUCAGUGAAUCACAUGCAAGCACACAUUCCUGGGGGAGUACAUUUCCACUAAUAAACUGUGAUCAUUAUGGCAUAAGAUCUAUUAACUGGUGAUGGCAACAAAUGUUUAGAAUCGUAAAACUUUGUCUGAGUACUGUUAAGCGCUGCUAUCCAUCAAAAGCUUCAAAUUCAUGCAUCUGCUACUGAAAUGGCACUUUGCAGCUGUAUUUAAUGGAUGACAUUAAGCCGAAUGUUUCCCCAAUACUGGCUCAUGUGGUUCGGAAACCUAACAUAUAGGAUGAAUAGAUAGGUGUUUCUGGAAAGAAGCAUGCAUUUUAUUGUAAGAGUGUCCUCUAGUGGCCAUAGUAAUAAUGACUAAGAAGAAGGAGGUCAGGGUGGAUGGAUGGGUUGUAUUUUCAAAUUGUCCUAAGCAGUGUUGGGGUUGUUACGCAUUAACAAAAAGAGAAAAAAAAGGAAAAGAAUGUAUUACACAUUACUCGUUACUUUUCUUAAAAGUAAUGCAGUAUGUUACUCAAUUACUCGUCAGAAGAAGUAAUUAACUACACUACUUGUUAUAUUACUUUCUUGUCACAUUGUAACGUGACCUGAAACACACUGUCACAUAAUCACCAACAAUAGAACAACAUAAACCUGAGGCUACACUUUAAUAGUAUUCUGGGUUCUUGGCUAGCUUUGUGUUAACAUGCUGUCCGUGCAGAAGAGCUGAAGCUGUGUUAGCAACUGUUAUGGAUGCAGUUUGCACGUGCUACAAUGGAAGAGGUCUGCUUUAACCUAAUGCCAUUUUUUCCCUCAUACACCUUACCAAGUUUUUUUCGUGCCUAAAUCUAACCAAACCAAGGUGAAAAACAUCUGUGACCAAAGGUGCAAGUUUUUCAGGACAAAAUCAAAGCUUUCUGACCACCGUGCCAUUUAGUCAAGAACAAUUUGUUAGUCUUUUUUUUUAUAUAUACAAAGCCUUUAUUGUUAGGACAUCUCAAGCAAGAUGGUGCAGACAACAACCCCUAUACAAACACAGUCAGCUUUGAUGAGUUUCAGCUUCGCUUAUCACGUUGGCUUUCAAGCUUUUGUGUGAAGAGUCCUGAUCGGUUUUCACUGUUAUUGUAGAAGCUGCUGUUUUGUGAACUCACUAGAAGGCUAUGCUUAAUAUGUUCUGGAUAAUCAAACCUUUCAAGUGCACUUGCUUUUUGUUUUUUUGUUUUUUGUUGAUGAUCUGAAUGUUGAUGCGAAAUUAAUGCAAAAUGUCCGAUAUCUGUGCUUUGCUUGUUCAUGUUUUAAUUUGGUUACCGAGCCCGGUAACCAAAUUAAAAUUCCUGUUUCAACACUGUUCCAUUUUCUCUGUUAAAACAUGGUCUAAACGUAAAAAAGAAUUAAAGAAGCCUCCUUUAAGAAUUUUUGUGCUUUGCUGGCAUGUAAGUGUGAGCUCUGUUAUUUAACAUUAAUUUACAUUUGAUGAAAGAGGAAAACAAGAUGUUUACUCAGUUUCAUCCAUAUAUGUUUGACUAGAAUGGCUUUCAAAUACUUCACUUGAAUGUACACAUUCACACUAUUCUUCAAAGAGCAUCAGUAAAACCUGAAUGAAAGUACAUCACAUCAUAUGUCAUGCCUACGUGGUGCCUGAUCAACUGCAAUGUGAAUACGAUUUAAGUGCAGAACAUGGAAAUUAUUUAUCUUAAAAAUAACACCACUCCUUAAACUCUUAAUCUCUUUUCAUUUCUUUUGGUUGGUUUUCUUAGCACAA